AUGAAUGGUACUUUCGAAAGUGCAUGCUGGAUCAGAAUUGACACGUAUCAUCGUAGAGCUGUGAUAGAGGAACGUGGAAUAUGUAGAAAAGUUUGCAAGAAAUCAACCAAACAGCUGAAAAUUAUUCAAACUAUAUUUUGUAAAAAGAAAGCAGCGGCAAAGACCAAAUACGACUUCUUGAUUGAAAAUUGUUCACAAAUAUUCACACAACAUCAAUCGUGCCUUAUUCAAAACAUUAGCUACGAUAGUUCAUCAGAUGCUUUUCCUGUGCAACUUAAACUUCAUCGAUGUCGAAAACGUUAA